GCUUCAUUCACAAAUUCGAUGAAACAAAGGAGCGGGCGAGCCGAGGCAGCGAGCGAGGCGAUGCACCAAUGGGAGGCCGCCCCCGGGCCCGCAGCGGCCUGACCGCCCGGGCGGGGCGGGGCUGCUCCGGGCUCCGCGUGGGCCGCCAGCCGCCGCCGGGCGAGGGACGGGGACCCGCCGGGGCGGGGGCGGCUGUCCCGGGGCGGCGGGCGGUCGUCCCGGCUGGGAGCCAGCGGGCUCGGUUCCCCAAGUUUCGGCGACUGCGGCGCGAUCGCCGCCUCUGCCGGGCUGCCGGAGGGCCGGGGAGCCGCGCCGACCGCGCUGCCCGCCCGCCCGCCGCCGGCUGGGCUGUCCCGCCGCGGCCGCUGACCUCGGCAGGUGGCGGCCGCCGCCCCCCGGGGCCGCCCCCGGGGCCGCCCCGCAGCCACCUCCCCCUGCGCCUUCCCCAGGAGCCCGCCGUGAGCCGGUAGCCCCGCGCCCGGGCGGCGGGAUGAAGGGGUACCUGGAUCAGCAGGUGCCGUUCACCUUCCCGCAGCAGCCGCCGGGCCCGGCGGCUCCCGGUGGCGGAGCUCUGAUGGGCGCUGGGAAGAGACCCGCGGAGCCGGCCUUGCCGCCGGCGCUGGAUUCGGAAGACCUCUUCCAGGACUUGAGCCAGUUCCAGGAGACUUGGCUGACAGAAGCUCAGGUUCCAGACAGUGAUGAGCAAUUUGUGCCUGACUUUCAUUCAGAAAACUUAGCUUUUCACAGUCCUCCUGCUAAGAUUAAAAAGGAGCCACAGAGUCCCUCCUCGGACCCCACACUGUCCUGCAACCAUAAGCAGCCAUUCCAGUACCACAAUGGCAAGCCGUGCCUUUAUGCCAGUGCCUAUGAUCAACCCAGACAAGUUGGAAUCAAGUCCCCCAACCCAGGAACCCCGAUACAGUCACCGGUUCAACAGUUCCCUAGACAGGACAAGAGCUUCCUGACCCCUGCGGGGCCACCCCACUCCACAUCCAGCUGUGGAUACCUCAACGAAAACAGCUCUGCGUACCAGCCGCCUGUGGAGAUGUGCCAUUCCUUCCCCUCCUCCCAGGGCAUGGCCCAGGAAGACCCCACUGCCUACCAGCGCCAGAUGUCCAAGCCCUGCCUCCAGUACCCUCAUCAGGGCUUCAAACAGGAGUACCAUGACCCACAGUAUGAGCAAGCAAGCCGGGUGGGCAGCAGCCGUCAGUACCCGGCAGCUGUGGUGAUCAAGCAGGAGCAGGCGGACUACGUGUAUGACUCAGAUGUUCCUGGCUGUCCUUCCAUGUACAUAAAUGUUGAGAGUUAUCCAAGCCAUUCAAAUACAGAAGAGACAUUAGGCUGCAGCUAUGACAAGCAGAUGAGGUCCUUUACUGAUGAUGUCUGUGUUGUUCCAGAAAAAUUUGAAGCAGGAGACAUCAAGCAGGAAGCUGGAGGGUACCGGGAAGGACCUCCAUACCAGAGACGGGGAUCUCUCCAGCUCUGGCAAUUUCUUGUGGCUUUAUUGGACGAUCCGACUAAUUCCCACUUCAUUGCCUGGACUGGUAGAGGGAUGGAGUUUAAGCUCAUUGAGCCAGAAGAGGUAGCCAGGCUGUGGGGUAUCCAAAAGAACCGUCCAGCCAUGAACUAUGACAAGCUGAGCCGAUCCCUUCGCUACUAUUAUGAGAAAGGCAUCAUGCAGAAGGUGGCUGGAGAGCGCUACGUGUACAAGUUUGUGUGUGAGCCUGAAGCCUUGUUCUCUCUGGCCUUCCCUGAUAAUCAGCGGCCAACUCUGAAGGCAGAGUUUGACCGGCAGAUCAGCGAGGAGGACACAGUGCCUCUUUCUCACCUGGAUGAGAAUGCCGCUUAUCUGCCGGACCUUGGGAGCCUCCCUCCACAGCUUUACAGCAAAGGCUAUACAUACUAGCAUUGCUGGGAGCAUACUGUGCCACCCUUGCUUGUGUAUAUAAGGAGAUGUCUGGUUAGCAUUCAAUCAGUAUAAGCAUUUUUCCAGGGCAGCCUGGGGCGGCACUAAACUAUGAAUACCUGCUUUGGUCAGGAACAGUGUUCAGGUACACAUGUGGAUAAUCACCUGACAGUUGACAGGGCUCUUGUGUGCUUGUGAUAAGACCCUCAUAGUUGUCAGGAUGAGACUUGUUCUCAGCAAUGCAUACAUCUUCCGAGCAGCGGAGCUGCAGCUUCAGCAGCAUAUCGGGUAAUUGCUGCCUCUAGCUGGAACAAACGAGCCUGUUGCAGUCCCUCUCUUAGGCAAGGGAGAAGAUGCCGUCCUACUGGGCUUUUUUUCAGAUAUAAAGAUGCCACAAUGCUGCUGCUGACUCCAUUCCUCCAGUACACAUACUGAACCUCUGUAUAACCUGCUUUCAGCAAGGGAUGGCUCUAACCCACAUGGACUCACCUCUGCAAGGCCAGUCUUGCCUUCUUCCCAGGAUGGCUGCAUCUGCAGUGGUCCCAGAUCAUAUGCCUUCUGUGUGAACUGCUUUGUGGGAAUGGGGAAUACUUGUUGUCUUGUAUGUGCAUGCUCCUGCCUUAUCACCUCCUUGCUGCUAACACUUCACACCAGGGCUAUCUGGUAUUUAGGCACUCUGCCUAAGCAGGGUAGCUGGAGGCACUGGCUGGGAUUAGAGCAGUCCUGGAGUACACGUCACAACACACAAUUUAGUUGUGGCUUUUCCAGACUGAACAACUUUAACAAACAUCCUCAGGACCUUUGAAGACCUGUCAGGCUCUUGAGUGUGCCUAUCCUGGGCUUUGGCUAGAAAAUCAGCUGAGGCAAGAAAAGAACCUGGUGGAGGUGUGUUAAGAAAAUGCUUUAGAAAGCGACCUAAACCGUAUGUAGUUCUUAAUAUCUGAAUUUAGACUUAACCUCCACAGAUAUUUGCAUGCUUGAGGGAAAUCCUGAUGUGUUGGAAAGGCAGCUAUCUCUGCAGCCCAAUGCAGCACAUGCAACUUCACUAGACUUUGACUGGUUUUCUACAAUAGUGAACGUUUAUAAUGGGCACCACAUCCUCCUUGAGAGGUGCCUCACUUUUUAAUUAGCAGCGACAACCAUGUGCCCAGUUAGACAAGGAGCAGUACAUUGUACCCAUACAGAGAAAGCCUGUUUCCUACUGCUUCAGAUUGAUGUUCCAGCUGCUGAAUACAGAGUACUGCCAAUCCUGCCAAUGAGGUAGCCUGUAGAAGAAAUUCUAUAUAUUGAUUGAAAGCCUGAUCUCCCCCGAUGACUCUCCCCUGCAUGGCUAAUGCCAACCCUCCCAGCCUUCUCCCUGGGCAUGAGGACCAGGAAAGGCAGCUCUCCCUGCCUAAGGAGAGGCCAGAUACUCAAGAGCAGCCCACUCUGCUGAUGCCUUUGCAUGCCCUGAGCAGUCCAGAGACUUGGUGUUCUGGCAGCUCCUGGCCCUCCUGCCUUGCCCUGCUGCUACCUGGCAAGCACACUUCCUCUGGUGUCCCAGAAGUGAGGGUGAAGGAAAACCCUUCCAUUGGUAUAAGCUGCCUUUACUAUUUAUGAGUGUAAAAAUACUAUAAUUAAUAAAUUGGUCUAUGUCUUUGGCCAGUGCACCUUCAUUCAGCCCCUGGCUAGUCCUCCCUUACCUUCUGAGCUUGCUUUGCCCAUCUCCUUGGCACCAGCUCGCAGCUUUGGGUGGCUGAUCGGGAGAGUUCAGGGAUGCGUAUUUACUUCUGAAUCAUGGUGGAGUUCAAGAAACGAACAUUUCACCCCCUUGACAUCCUCACAACCAGUCAUACAACCAGGACUGAAAGAUCACAAUGAAAUAUGUAACCUCCGGCUGCACCUGGUAUCAGGAGAACAGUUCUCUGCACCUGCAGAGAACAUUGCCUAUGCUCCCACACUGACAGUACACUGGCCACUGAGCCAAGCUCCAUGGAUUUAAUUAGCUUUUCCCUGAACUUCAUCUCUCUCUUGAGCAGUGGCACUUCCAGGUUGCUUGCUAGGAAAGUGAGCGUGUUACUACCUGCUGAGCUGGUAACGUGAUCAGGGUAGCACAGGGCAUGCUAGCAAUGAGAGUGGCACCCUGUCGCAGGCAGCAGAGCUGAGAGCACCCUGCCAGGACACAGCCACCCAUGUGGGCCUCAGCAAAGGCUACAGCAAGGAUGGGAGUUACCCUGAAGUGGAGGAGCCCUUUCACACUGCACAUUCCUCAAGAGAAUCAGGUGCCUCCCUAAGGGAAAUCUUUAUGCCUUCUGGAGGCAAAAUGUAGGUGUGGGUUGUACCCUGGUGCAACACUAUGUUUCUAAUGAAUGAGACUAGUAGCUUGCUUUUAUUUGAUAUCUCAAUCUGCAGGAUUCCCAAGGAUUUUACAUUUAUCCACUAUUCUUUGGGCUACCCUCUGCCCAGCCAGUCUUCCUUCCAGAAAGGAAAUUCAAGGAGCUAGUUCACAUUUGGAUGAUAUUUUAUCUCCAUGUUUCACUCAGGUUUGUCAAGUCAGUGCAACAGAUCGAUAGCUGCAGAGCAGUUCUGGGAAUCGGGAAGAUCAGGUUCUCAUAACUGAGAGGCAGUGACCUCCAAAGGGCAGAGAUUUAUAACCAGAUCAGAGGGCUGGGAGUCAAUAAAUACACUCUGUGUUUCCAGUUCAGCAAGACAGAGAGGCAGCUGAUUAGGGGAAGAUAUUGGAGAUAACAGACAAGUGUCAUAAAUUUCUUAGGCUGGUCCUGAAAGUGCCAGCCCCAUCUAACCACACAGAAGAUGUUUCAGCUUUGCCAUCUAGUCACUCACACUCCUGUUCAUACAGCAAAGUUGAAGCAGCUCUUGAUACAGACAGCAGAGCUGUCUUCCCGAGCUGAAUGCUUUUGGCACUUUAGUGGGGCGAAGUGCAUGUUACUGUGUGACAGCAUAUGCAGCUGGUGUAACACACCUUUAAGUGAGUAUCCCUUCACCAUACAAAUUCACAGCUGAGCUUUGCUCUACAUUAGGCAGGUAAGAAAGGUCAGAAAGACAUUGUUCUUCUUCAUGGAAAAGCCUCUAAAGACAAGAGUUCAGCUCGUGACAAACACUCUGACAUCUGGAUGUAAAUAUACCUAACGUUCUCAUGGUUUUUUACUAUUGUUUACUCAUUAUAUUCAAGAUUUAUUCUGGUGGCUUAUUCCUCAGGAUGUGAUGAUGCUUUGGGACCAGCCAGAAAUAAAUUCUCAGCAGUCAUUUCUUCCUAAUGUAA